AUGCUUUUCAUGUGUCCAGCUUCUGUUGGCCAGUAUAAAAGUGGGAAACGCUUUACUCAGUUCUUCAGUAACACUUUGAGCAUGAAGCUGCUUUCUCUGCUCCUCCUGACCUCCGUGGCCCUUGUCCGGGGUCAGUUCAACCCGAACUUCGCCUCUGGGCGAAAUGGAAUUGUGCAUCUCUUCGAGUGGAAGUGGGAAGACAUUGCUGCUGAGUGCGAGAGAUUCUUGGGGCCGAAUGGCUUCGCUGGAGUCCAAGUGUCGCCCCCAAAUGAGAAUGUCAUUGUGACGAAUCGCCCUUGGUGGGAGCGUUAUCAGCCCAUGUCGUACAGACUUGAGACGCGAUCGGGAAAUGAGCAACAAUUUGCGAAUAUGGUGUACAGAUGCAAUAACGUCGGAGUGCGCAUUUAUCCUGACAUUGUGAUUAAUCACAUGGCUGCCGCCCAUCCAGUUAUGAUCGGAACCGGAGGAUCAACUGCUAACGUUGCCAAUAGGGACUAUCCGGGCGUUCCUUACAGCGUUCACGACUUCAAUACACCUUGCUCAAUAGAUAACUACCAAGAUCGCUAUCAAGUGCGCAAUUGCGAGCUCGUUGGACUGCCAGAUCUUAAUCAAGGUGUGGCCUGGGUCAGGGACAGAAUGGUUGAGUAUCUCGAUCACUUGGUGGCUCUCGGAGUCGCUGGCUUUCGUGUUGAUGCAGCUAAGCACAUGUGGCCAGGAGAUUUGGAGAUUAUCUAUGGCAGAGUGAGGAACCUGAAUGUGGUUCACGGCUUCCCAGCCAAUGCCAGGCCGUUCUUCUUCCAGGAAGUCAUAGACUUGGGCAAUGAAGCUAUUUCUAAACAUGAAUACACAGGCUUUGGCGUUGUGACGGAGUUCAAGUUUUCAUCGGAUAUCGGAAGGGUUUUCCGAGGAAACGAUCAACUGCACCACCUUUCCAAUUGGGGAGAAGGAUGGGGAUUUUUGCCAUCGCAUCUGGCGCUGGUCUUCGUUGAGAAUCACGACAAUGAGCGAGGCCAUGGCGCUGGAGGAGAUCAAAUCCUGACCUACAAGAAUUCCAAGCAGUACAAAAUGGCUGUGGCAUUCACUCUUGCCCAUCCAUUCGGCAUCCCGCGCAUCAUGUCCUCCUUCGCCUUCACCGACACCGACAUCGGUCCGCCAAUGGAUGGAAACCAGAACAUCAUCUCGCCCAGCAUCAAUGCCGAUGGCACGUGCGGAAACGGAUGGGUUUGCCAGCACAGGUGGCGCCAGAUCUUCAAUAUGAUCAGGUUUAGGAACGAAGCGGGAUCUGCUGGACUCACAAACUGGUGGUCCAAUGGAAGCCAACAGAUUGCCUUCGCUCGCUCAGGACGAGGAUUCGUCGCCUUCAACAAUCAGGGAUCGAAUAUGAAUGUUAAUUUGCAGACUUCCCUUCCGGCUGGCAAUUAUUGCGACGUGAUUUCGGGAAGUGUGUCCGGAGGCUCUUGCACAGGAAAGACAGUGACAGUUCAGGCAGAUGGCAAUGCAAAUAUUGUCAUUGGAGCUGCAGAGGAGGAUGGAGUUCUGGCUAUUCAUGUUGGCGCAAGAUUGUAAUAAAAUCAUUCUUUGUUAGAUAUCA